GCCGCCAGCCGCAGAAGGUCUGCGUUGUGCGCGCGUGAAACUAUCCAGCCAGCUAUCCGUCAAAACGCAAUGUGAGCUUUAAUGUGAGCUAUCCGUCAGAAACAAAAUAAUAUAUCGGCGCUUGUUAAUUCGCAAUACAAAAUAGCGCUCUUAAAUAGUUAACUGUUUGUAUUGCAGCAAAUAUUAAGUUAUUUAUUGGAAAAUGGAGAAGACCGCUCAUUUUAUCAGAGGAUUCUAUACAUGUGGACAAGCUUUUUGAAGGUUGUCUUGGAAAAGUUUCAGGCUUUUUGUUGAUCUCCAAGAGGCCUAACCAUGAAAUCCAUACUGGAUGGUGUCGCUGACACAACCUUCCGAACGAUUACUACUGGCCUGCAGUACCUCAGUUCCAACGAUGCCAGUUACGACGAUGCCACCAUAGAUGCCGACUUUACCAAAGGCUUAUAUUCCGCGCAGAAGCCCCUGUCGGCAUUCCGCAGCAAUGCCUUCCAGGGGAAAGUGCCGGGCGAUGAGGAGCUCAUCCUCAAAGGUCUUCCCUUUUACCCGACCAAUGUCACCGAGCUCUUCGGCAACAGGAGCGGUGCCACUUUGGGAGGUGACAGUCUCCAAUGUGGGGAGAACUUCAUGGACAUGGAGUGUUUCAUGAUCCUGACGCCCAGCCAGCAGCUGGCGGUGGCCGUGAUGGCGCUCACUCUGGGCACGUUCACCGUCCUUGAGAACUUGGUGAUACUCUGCGUGAUCCUACAGUCCCACACGCUGCGCUGCCGUCCCUCCUACCAUUUCAUCGGCAGCCUGGCCGUGGCCGACCUGCUGGGAAGUGUCAUCUUCGUCUACAGCUUCCUGGACUUCCAUGUGUUGCACAGGAAGGACACCCCCAACGUUUUCCUCUUCAAGCUGGGGGGGGUCACGGCCUCAUUCACCGCCUCGGUGGGCAGCCUCUUCCUCACCGCCAUCGAUCGCUACAUCUCCAUUCACAAGCCGCUGUCCUACAAACGAAUUGUCACCAAGACCAAGGCCAUCGUUGCCUUCUGCUUGAUGUGGGGCAUCUCAAUCAUCAUUGCAGUGCUCCCCCUGCUGGGCUGGAACUGUAAGAGACUCAACUCCGUGUGCUCGGACAUCUUUCCCCUCAUCGAUGAGAACUACCUGAUGUUUUGGAUCGGGGUGACCAGCGUGCUCUUGCUCUUCAUCAUCUACGCGUACAUGUUCAUCCUGUGGAAAGCACACCACCAUGCAAAGCGCAUGAUUAGGCGAAGCUCCCAAAAGAGUAUCAUCGUCUACGCUGCAGAUGGCACCAAGGUGCAGACCACCCGUCCAGAGCAGACACGUAUGGACAUCCGACUGGCCAAGACGCUAGUGCUCAUCCUGGUAGUGCUGAUCAUCUGCUGGGGUCCUGUCCUGGCCAUCAUGGUCUACGAUCUCUUCUGGAAGAUGAACAACUUCACCAAGACGGUCUUUGCCUUCUGCAGCAUGCUCUGCUUGUUCAACUCUACAGUCAACCCCGUCAUCUACGCCCUCAGGAGCAAAGACUUGCGCCAUGCCUUCCUGGGCAUUUUCCAAGUAUGCAGGGGCACCAGUCAGACUUUGGAGAACAGCUUGGAAUCUGAUUACCAGAAUGUCAGGAAUGCCAGUAGGGCAGCUGAGAGCUGUGUGAAGACCACAGUAAAAAUAGCCAAAGUGACCAUGUCCAUCUCAACCGAGACAUCUGCAGAGGCUGUCUGAGAUGCCUUUUUGUACUUGUGAACAUGCCGGUGACUCACAAGCCCAUAAUCCCUCAGCACUCCUCUGAGAGUUAUGCGAAUUUUACUUAAUGGUGGUGACAUAACACUGGUAACACAUGGGAAAGUGAAAAAUACAGAGAAACUGUGAAAAAUCAAGACAUUACAUGUAUAUUUCACCUGACAAGUACUAGUGUGUAUUAGUACUUGACUAAGUGCCAAAAUGUUUGUUAAUAUGAACAGGAUGAAAGGACUCUUUGUGGAGUGGACUGAGACAUGGAUUCAUAAUGUUAGAUAGGACAUGUCAUCUUUAUUAGUACUGAGGUUUAGUACUAAUGUUGUCCAGAAUGUUUGUGGUUUUUAAUAGGGAGAAGCUGUGUUUUUACUGUGAAACAAGAUUCUUAAUGAUGGAAUCUUUAAACUUGCAACAAAGAUCGCUCAGUAUACUUCAUUAGCUAUUUUGGCACAAAAAAUUGCAGUAAUGUAAAGCAUAUCAUGAAAAUAUAGAAUUCCAGCUCUAAAAUUGUUACUUUGAUACAAUCUCUAUGGUGUCAGGAUAGAUUCUUUUAAAAAAAUAAGGUUGGAAAAAACAGGAUACGCAACCUCAAUAACUAUAUGUUUAACAGUUUGGUUAUUGACGAUACUAUGAAUAAAGAUGUCAUUUUUUGAGAAACUUUGUUAAUGUUACGAAAAACUUGUAGAUAUUUAUUGAAUUACAUGAAAGGUAUAUGUAACAUUUCAUUAGUAGAAGCACUUAUUUUGAUUUGAUUUAUUAGAUUAUAUUUCUGACUUAUGUAUACAUAAAAGAAGGUAUGUACAGAACAUAGUGAAAAUAAAGACAAACAAUAACCUCAUGGAUUAAUUGAAACAGAAAACGUGCACCACACAGGCUGUUUGGCAGCUUUUAAUAAUGGCAGUCAAAAGUUACCAGUUUAGUUUUUAGUUUUUCAAUGAAACAUGAAACAAGGAGUCCAGUGUAUGGCGAAUGCAGAGCAUACCUACGCGUAAGCCUGAACCGCGUGUGCCAUAACAGCUCCACAUUUCACUGCAUUUCCACUUUGCUAGUUUAAGAUGUUCACAUUGCGUUACAGUAUUUUGUUACAGAUAUAAAUUACCUUCAUCCAAGAAAUCUCAAAUCCAAUAAAUUAUAUUGUUUAGAGGAAAAGUAUUUUAAUUCAGUGUUAUUACAUUACAUAUUACAGUUUACCUUUUUACAGAAUUUAAUAGUUCUGAAGAAAUUCAGGGUAAGUGCGUACAUUUUAAAUGUUAAUGGUCUGAAGCCCCCUAGUUCAUCCUCUACACCAUCUAUGUAGGAGAUUAAAGCAGCAUUGCAGUAAUCAAACUUGCCUUGUCUGAAGCCAUUUAUGAGGCCAGUUGUACGCUUCUGACACUGGUCAAAUAUCUAUUGAUUGUUUUCAAUAAACAUUUAUCUGGUUUGGAUGGCAGUGAUGUGUAUCCCUUUCUAAAAAGCAGGGUGUACACAUCAAAGUCAUGUAAACAGGCCAGUCAGAGACAUGCUCACAGAUUAAGCACAAUUUAGAAUGACUGAUCUAUAUGCACUAAUCUUGAACAGCACCUCCUUGCUUGUAGGAGGAAAGCCUACAGAAACAUACUAAAGUAUAGUUCACAUUUCACAGCUACGCAACAGUAUUAAAAAGACUUUAGCAUUGUGUUAAUUGGUUUGUGUCGUAAAUCCAGUGUCUGCGCAGUGGAUGUUUUUGAUUGAUAGAAGUUUUGUUUCUCUGUGCUGUAAGUGUGAUUACUGUUUUAUGUAUUAAUUUUAACUUAUUGUUAGUAUAGUGUGCUGGUCACACUAAUGUAAUCUUUAAAAUCCUAAUAGUGACCAUUUAAAUGUUUUGUGUUGUGGUUGUAUUUAUUAUCUUAUUAUUGUUUAACAGGUAACAGGCUGGUGAAGUGUUUAUGUAUUGUUAAUGGCUAUAAAUAGAUAAAUAAUGUAUCUUGCUAUCUUGCUUAAAAUUGUUGUAAUUUAUUUUGUUACAGUGAAUUUUUCUACUAUGUACAAAGAGCAAAAUCUUCCCUGGUCCUGGGUUUCGGGAUCAAAUCAGAAACAGGAAUAGUGGAAUAGAUGAAUAAAGCAUUACACAAAAAAUGUAUGUGAAUUAGCUGUGUUUAUUAACAGCUUCUUAGGGAAUGUAAAUUAAAACCUUUUUUCACAGUCCUUAAAAUAAUAAUAUAAUUGGAUACUUACAUUUAAAGAUAGAAGUUGAGAAAUGUUGCUUUCUGCCUAUUCAGCAUGCUAAAACAAUUAAAAUACAGUGAUAAAGUUCA